AGCCGCGGUGCAGAGGUUCAUGCAGCGGCGGCGGCGGCGGCGGCUGCUGCUGCUGCCGCCGCGGAGGCAGACAGACCGGGCGCUGCCGCCGCCGCCCUCCCCCGGCUCCAUGCCGCCGCCGCUGCCACCUCCUCCUCUCCGGCGAGGGGCGGGGGGCUCCGGCCCGGGGUGGGCACCACUCCUCGCAGCGCCGCUCCCCUCCCUGCCCUCCGCCCGGGCGCUGGAGCCGGCGAGGGCACCCUUCGCCUCCUAGGAGUGCACCCUCCGCGCGCCCUGCCGGAGCGAGGGGGCGGGCGUGGGCGGGCGUCGGGGCAGCGGAGACCCCGCGCGGCUGCAAGAGGAGGGGGCUUCCCCAAGUAUGCCCGGCAGCUCCCUGUUCCUAGGUGCAAGCUGAGUCUGACCGGGAGCGAGCGGCGCGUCGCCAUGCCGGCGUGACGCGCCCCCGGCUGCCCGCGCGGGCCCCCGCGCUGCCCCACGCCGCGGCGUGCCGGCGCCGGGCUGCAGGAUGGGCUGUAUCCAAAGCAUCACCUGCAAAGCGCGGAUCCGGCGCGAGAACAUCGUGGUGUACGAUGUGUGCGCCACCAUCGACCAGUGCCCCACGCGCAUCGAGGAGACCUCGCCCAUCGUCCUGCGCUACAAGACCCCGUACUUCAAAGCCUCGGCCCGCGUGGUCAUGCCCCCCAUCCCCCGCCACGAGACCUGGGUGGUGGGCUGGAUUCAGGCGUGCAACCAGAUGGAGUUCUUCAACACCUACAGCGACCUGGGCAUGUCAAGCUGGGAACUGCCUGACUUGAGGGAAGGGAGAGUAAAAGCCAUCAGUGACUCAGAUGGGGUGAGCUACCCUUGGUACGGGAACACCACAGAAACUGUGACCCUGGUUGGCCCCACCAACAAGAUCUCCAGGUUCUCCGUCAGCAUGAAUGACAACUUCUACCCCAGUGUGACAUGGGCAGUGCCUGUGAGCGACAGCAAUGUGCCGCUGCUCACAAGAAUCAAGAGAGACCAAAGUUUCACGACCUGGCUGGUGGCCAUGAACACUACCACAAAGGAGAAGAUCAUUCUGCAGACCAUCAAGUGGAGGAUGAGGGUGGACAUUGAGGUGGACCCUCUUCAGCUCUUGGGGCAGCGGGCCCGGCUGGUGGGCAGGACUCAGCAGGAGCAGCCCCGGAUCCUGAGCCGGAUGGAACCCAUCCCCCCUAACGCACUAGUGAAACCCAAUGCCAAUGAUGCCCAGGUCCUCAUGUGGAGGCCCAAGCGGGGGCCACCUCUGGUUGUGAUCCCUCCUAAGUAGAAGCAGACUGGCCUGAUUGUGUGUGGAUCACAUGCCUCUGAGACAUGCAGUGAGGGUGCCAGGGGUGGCAGGAGCCAAACUGAGUUUCUGAGCCAAAGCAGACCUCUUGGUUUGCCAGCCUUUGCAGCCACUUUUGAAGAGUAGGGCUGCUCCUUGGGUGGUAGAACCAUAAUCCUUAGGAAAAAUCCCUUCCUCUUAGGAAUAAAAAAAUCACUGAUUUGACAGACUUGCUGUGAUUACCAUGCAAGUAGCCAUAUUUUGGAGCUGACCAGGAUGAUUCUUUUAUCUGAACUAUUGACCAUUUCUUUCCUGUGAGAUGCAGGGGAUGGAAACAAAAUUAAACAGUGCCUGUGGCAAAUGCUCCUUCCCAACCAAUAAGAAGUAGGAGUGAAAACAUCCACACCAGGUGGUCAUAAGGCAGACUCCUGCAGUCUGACUGGAGGGUGCUGGGGAAAAGGGUGGUGAAAGAAUGGGUGAUGGGGAGAGGAAGAAUAAGGUUUUAUUACACAUUAAUACCUCUGCAUUUAUUACUUGAUCAUCAGAUCGACACACACUGGAAUGAAUGAACACUUAGAAAACUAGACAAAUAUUGAUAUUUGCUCCUUUCUGAGGGAGAAAGACUCCUUGGAACUGUCCAAGGUGCUGAUGUGAACUAACGGAAACACUUCAUUAGUUCCAUCUACCCACCUCUUUCCAAAAAGAUUGCUUAUUCGGAGUAUUUUUAAUCACAGUAUUUGGCUUUGUAAUUCCUGUAUUCUGCAGUAGUUAGGAUAUUUGGGGCUCUGUCCAUGUUUUAGUGAAAUCCUAACUGUGAUGUUGUUUACAGCUGCUUAUUCUGUUCCCAUGAUUAGCCCUAAAUUUAUAUUUAAAAAAUUAUAAGCCAUGAAUCCAUGUAAGAUUUCAAGAACAUUUCAGCAAAUAAGAACAGUAUUUUCAUUCUAUUUCUUUUGAGUUUUUGAAUGAUCUGAACACAUAGAAUGGACACAUGUAUGCACAGACACAUGCACACAUGCACACAUGAAGGAUGCAUAUAGCAUAAUUACUAGCAUAUUUGCCACCAGUGCCUACAUAUCUACCUGUAGCCUUUGUAUGUACAUACACUGUAUGUUUAUAUAUAUAUUUAUUUUAGCUCUGUUUCACAGAAGCUCAAACUUGAGCAUUUGUGAGAAACUAUUUCUUAAGGCUUAACUUUAGAGCCCUUUAAAGAAAAUCUAAGCUACUCAUAUUAAGUAAGCCUGUAUUGCUAAGAUUUAACCAGUAAAGAUGAGAGGCCAGGUUUACUUUAAUCAGGCCAAUAUAAAACUUGUUUUUGAGGGUUUCCAGUCUUUGCAGUGAGGAUUUUUGCAGUUCUAGCUUGAAUCACCCUUCCUCCCCUCCCCCACUCCAAAAAAAGAACUUUUCCCUUUAUUCUCAGUAAUUCAACCAUAUAUAUGGUUGUAUAUAUAUUUGCUUGUUCACCACCCCCUCCAUGCAAACUAAUUAUAAAAUUUUCACAUUGUCAUUGUAGAUUUAAUAAGUAGACACUGCUAACUUAAUUUCAGAGGGAGAAAGUUGAAGUUCAAGGCAGUUUUACAAUCUCGUGAUUGGCUCCAAAGAGCUGUCUUCUACUAGAGUUUGUGGAUAGAGAAUAAAAAGCAGGAGGGUUUAUUACUUUUAUUAAAAAUUCAAUUUAGUGUAAUUUAUUUCAGAUUCUAGUCCCAGGGGAUGGUACUUAUUUACGUAAGAGUGCUAACAGAUCUGCUCCAAAUUAUGUAGUGUUAACCUCACACCCCAGCCAUCAACUAUUCUGUUAUAGAUUAGUUAUUGAUGGCAAGUUAUUUAUAACAGCACGUUAAUAAUACAUCAGUGGCUCGCAGAGGACCUGGAGACAUUCAUUUAGAAAUAAUUCAGCUGUUACAUUUGAAAUUCUCUGUCCCUUCCCAUGUUUCCUUGUUUUAUUGGGAAAGGCAGCCCCCAAGAGCUCCAUGGCUAAAACACAAAGCAGCUUAUUUUCCAUGCUGACACCACAGGCCGCAAUCUCUCCCCCAGACUGAAUUAGACUCUACCCCUGUGGGAUUCUGGGGAGUGGAUACUGAUCCUAGAAUCUAAUCCGUGUGGCCCAACUUGACGAAAACCUGAUAUUUUAAACUCCAAAGUUGUAACAACAGAUUAAUGAGAAUUUACAUUACAAAAUGCUAUGGAAGAGUUAUGUUUUCAAAUUCCCCUAGUGCAUUAAAAUACUAUAUGACUUACACAACUAUAUUUACAAAUAACUUUUUCAGAAGCAUAUCUGUAUUUCUAAAGCAAGGUGUAGCAUGUUUAGCUAGACUUGUUUCCUGUGAAAAAUCACACUUUUUCAGAGUUUUAAAUGAACCCCACAGCAGUUUUCUGGGAAAUUGUGUAAUGACAAAAUGAAAAAAAAAUGGGAAAGUGCUUAUGAAAGUUAAAAGCAUCAUAUACAUUGUGAUUAUUGUUAUUGAUACCAUUGUGAACUCUACAGUUGUGUCUCUCAGCUCUGAAGUCAGCCUGGCAGAACGCUCUAUUACCCUGUGGCCAAUUAUUUUCAAGUUACUGUUGUUUUACAAGGAAAUGACCCCUUUUCUUCCUGUGAUUUGUAGGUCAUUAUCUUUCAGCUUAGUCAGGAUAUUGCCAAAUGAAAGUCUGUCAUACAAGAGAGAAUUAACCUUGAAAUCUCUGUUGAGGUCACCUCUGCCCUCCCAUCCAGUCCUCCUUCCCCUCAAAGUGCCUGGGCCUGACGCCAGAUGCCAUCAGUUUAAAGGGGCUCAUUUAGUGCCUUAAGUUUUAGUUGGGUGGUCUCAGGACUUAGACACACACAACACAUGGCUUCUUGGUGGCAAAAGAGUUUUGAAUUCCAUAGGAAAAAUUAUUUCAUCAGGUCUUAAGUUUUCUUAAUCAAGUCCUUUGAGAUCUUUUAGUCCAUGAUCUCGAAGGAAAUUGAGGCCUCAUUAAAUUAGGUCAUCUAUUCAGAAUCGUAUACCUAGCCAGCUGAAGAGCCAAAAGAAGGCCCCAUCUCCCAAAUUUCAUCUGACAACAUGGUCACACUUAGCGAGGACCCACAGCCUCUUGUCUGCAACCAAAACAUUAUCAUCAUCCCUAAUCCAUUCACCCACAAAUCAAUGAGUCUAAAAACUAGAGACAAUUGGAUCCAUCCUUUAAAGAACAAGAGAAAAUCCCUGUUACUAUUAUGUAAAAGAAAAUUUGAAUGUUGCAGAUUCCCUUUAUCUGUGACGGCUGUUUUGAGGUUGAACCCUUAAUCUGGGCCCUUCACUGCAUGCACUUGACAUUCCUCGGUCAUUGCUGUAGCCCACAUACCUAGCCAGAAGAAGAGCCAAGCACAUCUCCUGAAUCUCAUCUCACAUGAGAUGGGGGCACAUGAGAAAGUUGGAGGCUAGUCCCCUACCCACCUCCCAUUCCAUGGACCUUUGUGCAACUCCCUCUCUCCUGGUGCUGGAAUGACAUCUCGUAGGUCAGAAUCAUGUGCUAAGCAGCAAUUCUGAUCAGUAAAAUAAAAGAACUAUGAUUUAUGGAGUGUUUUUACAGAAGUCUUCCACAUGCAUUUUCUCAUCCCCAGUUUUAUGAGUGUGAUACUCUAGUAUUAUUAUCCCCAUUUUCAGAUAAUAAAUUGAGACCAAAGAGGUUAAGUGACAUAUCCAUGAGUACACAAACAAAAUGUCAGGAGCCAGGAUUCAAAUGGGGCCUUUUGGCUCCAACUUCCAUGCCCUUCCAUUAUCCUUUUCUGCUUCUCCUGUUCAUCCCUGCCUAGAGGGCACAAAAGAAAAGGAAGGAAAGGAGAAAGCUGGUCACUUUCAUCUAUACAGUCAUGUAGUCUCUUCCAAUCUAUUAAAUAGAUAUGCUAAACAUAUGAGAACAAACACUGCUUUCUUAUGUAAAGAAACCCUUUGGGAGGUUAUCCCAGAAAAUAAUGCCUGACAGGGGCUGCAGUGUGGGUGAGCUAGCUGUCACUCAGCAGCUCUUAGCAGAGUACUGGUAAUUGGAGUAGGAAAUCUGCUCUCCUGGUCUCAGAAUCCCUUAAGCACCACAAGGCCAAAAAGGGGAAGGAAAGCAUGCAUCCUGCAACUAGGUCCCAGCUGAACAAGGCCCUGCCACCCGCCGUCCCUCAACAUGGCUGGAGCAGCCUUUGGGGUGUGAGCAGUGGAAACAAUGGCUUUCCAAGCCCUCGUUGGCACAUUGAACAUGCUUGUUAGAACUGAGGGCACAAUUAAACAUUGCAAGAGCCAGCUCCCAACUGAGUUGCAAGGAAAGAUGUAAACACACACACAGACCCACCACACUCACAUACUCUUCAAACUGAAAAGAAAAUUAAUCAAAAACCCAAUGAAUGCCUGAACUCUAUAAUUAAGUCUAAAUGAUCUUUAGAUAGAAAGGGAGCUGAGUGAGUAAGCUCUGUGCACACAGAUAUUUUUACCCCAGAGUCUUACUGCCAUUAAUUUCUUUUGAGAUCUUGAGUACAUCUGGUUCCAGUUUCCCUGGUAGGACAUCUGCCUAUGGAAGACCAUCAGAAGAGUUGCCAGUUCAGUGGCCAGAGGACAGUCAAGGUUAUUUGGUCAUUCCAAACACUUUCACAGGAAGGCAACAUCCCCAUCCCCCACCCAGGUCAGCGGUGCACCUGCCCAUGACAGAGCCCAUCACCAACCUUAGGGUCCUAAAAUUCCCUUUAUGUAUAAGUGCUUUAUGGUUUUUUAUAAAGAGUUUUUCAUUCCUUUGUGUAGAAUGAAAGGCAUCUCUGUUCUAGAUGGAAAGUCAGUAUUGGCCUGAUCUGUCUUUGUUAUUAAUAGUAACAACACUCCCAUCUGAUUAGUAUGUUACAGUUUACAUAGUACAGCACAAAUAUUUUGCCAUUUUAUCCUCAACAAUCCUGUAAUAUUUUGGCAUUAUGUCACCACUUUAUAAUGAAAAAUUUGAAGCAGAAAGCUCAAGUGACUUGUCCAAGGUCACACUAAUUUAGUGGUGCCCUAAGAACUUGAGCCCUCUACACACAGAUAUUUUUACCCCAGACCUUUACUCCAUUCUCACAGAACAUUCUCUCCCUGGUUAAAUGCAGGCACCCUCCUCCGCUUGUCCAGCCACUACUGUUCCUCAGGCAGGGCUGACUAGGAAAGAGUUCCCUAAUUGAUCUCUUGUAAUUUAACCAGACAGAAUAAGCUCUACUGAGGAGUCAGGGUUCAGGUGGCCCAGGCUGUGCCUUCAAGUGGUUUCUCUCCUAUCCCACAUUAGAAGGGAGGCCUACUUGGGUGCUCUGAGGUGCUCUGAGGUAGGAGGCCAGAACCUGGGACAUCAGCAUGACUUGAGAUCUUGGAGGUCCUGCUGGUAGCUGAACUUGAACAAAUCAUUUAACUUUUCUGAGCCUUGGCUUCCUUCUCUGUUAACUGAGAUAUUAAUACAGCCCACCCAACAUCACAAUCAGAAAGACAAAGUGGGACAAUGUCUGAAAAUACUCCAAAUUGCCUGAUGUGCUGCCUCAUGUAAGAUACUAAGACUUGAGUAGAAUCACAGGGCCUGAAACUGAUGGCAGGCCCUCUGGCCUCAUCUACUUGGAAGCCCAAAACCAUCUCAGGAGAACCCGCUCUUCCUGCCAAGUGAGGCCUGGACCCUGCGGAGAGUGGGCCCCGUUUCCCCCAGCCACCUUGCUUGUUCAGGGAGGCCUGAACCCUGGUGGUCAAGGAAAGAAAGAUUUUUGCAUAGCACUCCGGGAAGCAGCUCUAGAAAGAAUGUGUAGCUGGAACUCCAAGAGGCCUUUUGGAAAGGAAAGGAGGCUGGAAUGUCAAAUCUAGGCCAGACUUGAAAUCCCAGCCCAAUUUGCAUAGUUUAAACCUAGAGAAGCCAGCCAGGAACAGCUGCAUUCUUCCGGUUAUGGGCUCAGACAAGAGAUAGAGGAAAAUAUAUGUAUAUAUUCAAAGUUUUAUGUGGGUCUCUACACAGUUUUUGAUGUCCCAGAUCUUGGCUGGGCCCCCACAGUUUAACGGUGUUGUUUCACAUUUGGCCAUGUGGGUGCAAAUAAAAUGAAGAAAUACUUCUUUGUAUCCUAUAGUCCCCAGGCUGUCUCACCACACUGGAGGCAUAUAUGAUGAUGACCUCUGUCUCUCUGCACCUGCCCAAGGCAGCCCCAUUCCCCAUGGCCCCACAUGGACCAGCCACACUGCCUCAGGGCUGCUUCCCAAGGGCUCCCUGUCCUAAUACCCCAAACUGUGCCUCUCCCAGCUGGGCCUAGGAAUGGCCCCCAAGAGAACCUAACCAACUCUUCUUCCCAGGACAAAUGUGAAGCCAGGCCUCUGGGCAGCAGGCCAUGUGGCCAAGCAUAGGAGCCCCUCCUCUGCCUCCAGGCCCACAUUUGUCCUUGGCUAACCCAGAAAACAGGUUGAUCUUCAAAACAGCUGAGUGCUGGGUCAGAAAUGCCCGGGAGAAGGGAAAACAUUAGAAUUACAGCAAUGAUGGGAGAGGCCAGAGACACAGAGCACAACCCAGUGCCACACGGACCUCACUGGGGACUGUGAGAAAUACAGCCAGUGCCAUGAAGUAUUUGGAUAGUGAGAUCGCUGAGCCUAGGGCUGUUCUCAGGCUGGCUGAGGGCCAGUAUUACUAGGAACAGAGAGGAAAUAUAAAGGAGGAGAGAUUGUUUGCUUCAUGCCAGUCCUGGGACUGGGUGAGCCAAGCAGGCACUAGGAUCCAGGAUAUUUUUAUUUUAUUAUUAUUUUUUCACAGAGCUGGAGUCUUGCUAUAUUGCCCAGGCUGGUCUCAUAAGAUCCUGUAUUUAAGAAGGCACUCUCAGGCCGUGCCCAGGCCUGAGAGUAAGACCCUUCCUAAAUACUGGGUCCUGCACUCACCUGCCCCUGUGCAAGCAAGCCUCAUUCAGUGUUUACCCUAGGCACCUGGCUUACCUCCCCCAGUCCCAGCCCUGCUUCAUGCCCACCUCCAACUCACUGCUCUCUUCACAAGAAGAUCGAGCAGAAAGGAUGUUGUGGGAUCCCUCUGAAUACUUGUUCUGUCAACAAGUCUGUAGUGAGUGUCUCCUAUGUGUCAGGCUAAACAGAGUCCUGUCCUCAGGGAGACAAUGCCAACAGGAAGCUUUGGGAGCCACUUAUUUUCCCCCUUGGGCUCACCCAUCAGAGGGGAGCCCAGAACCUACAGAAAUGCCUGCUUAGUUCUCUCUAUCCAGUGCAUCAGCCAGUGUGCCUGUGAGGAGAUGUUGCCUUCCUGGCCCAGGGGCUCCAUGAGGAUGGGUGAGGUUGACAGGGCAGGACUUCUGUCGAGCACUUAGAGCUCUUCCAAGGAAAGGCCCUGGGAAAAACCUACAGCCACGUCAGUACGUGCACAGACACUGGGGAUGAAAGAAACAGCUGGUUAUCUCUCCAUCUGCUCUUGUCCCUUCACCCCACCCUUCAAACCAAUUAGAAUAUUCCACACAGACGUGAUCCAAUGAAAUGUUAAUUGGAAAAAUAACAGGAAAGAUAAUACAUGCACUUCAGGCUGAGAACUAUUUCAUUAAACUGGGCUUUGAAAGCAAGACAGCCAAUUAAAUUAUUUCCCACUUCACUCCCUCACGUACCAGAAACUAUGGAAAGCUAUUACUUCUAAUUAAUUAGGAAAGAAAGAAAGACUCUGCACAUGCAUAUCAGAUGAGCAGGGACUGAGAGGCUGCCCCACCCACCUCUUUGAGAAGGCACACGCACACGCAUCAGGGAACUAAAGACUCAUCUGUCUCACCUAAAAAAUUUCCUAAGUCUUCUGAAAUAGCAAGAAAGCAUCUGUUCCCAGGAGCCACUCACAAAAUCAAACAAAGGAAAACGCCUUCUUCAGGCACGUUCAUCAGAAGGGAAAUAGGGCAUUUAUUGUGAAAGAAUAAGCAGCUUUAAACUCAGUUGGAUUCCAAAGCUUCUGCAGCUUGACCUGAUCCUGUCUUUUUCUCUUCAGUAGAAUUAGAUCUCUCCAAGCCCGCUCUCUGUAUCAAACACAGUGUUCAUUGGCACAGGGUGGUGUCAGGGACCAGGAGACCUGAGACCCCGAGGCCUGAUUUUGGCUUGAUGGUGGUCUGAUGCAGGCCAUCUUUGGGAUCUUCGCUUUUCCGUCUGUGAAAUGGGAAGAAGGCCAAUCUCAGUGCCAUAUUCACCCUCAAAGUUUUUAGGCUUGUGAGAGCACAUUUGACAGAGAGCCCUGAGCCUCUGUGCCUUGCCUUAGAGAAAACUGAUAGAAUCCAAACAUGCAUUUAAAAUAUUUUCUGCAGAAAAAUUAUCCUAACCCAGAGACACCCUUAUUGUAUAAUAAGUAUAACCGAAAUAAUAUAGUGAAAUAAUGAUGACAUAAAGCAGUCAUUGUGGUGAUGUGACUGGCACACAGGCAUCUCUCCAGUAUGGUUCAGGAGAAAUAGGCAGACUCAGGGUGUCUCAAGGCCUCUGCACACGUGCAGCCACAUUGUGCCCUACUCAUUCCCCUCUGUUCCUGUUGUGUCUGUCAUUCUGUGUCACACAAGGUAUUGAGAGCUGUCAAAGCCUAGCACAGUCAGUGCCUCUGACCAAUUCUAACCAAUCUCAUUGCAGGAAGGGGAAGUGGCACCAAAGAGCAUGGCAGCUGUUCCACAGCACAGGGAAUACAGAGGAACACUUUCUAGAAUGGCUUCUAGGCUGUUAAGUCCCCAAUUAUAUAUGCAAUGGCGUUGUCUACUGACUUCAAACAAUUGGAACAAGUUUUUUUUAACCAUCUAUGUAAGAAUUUGAAAUUUGGUUUUUUUCUAAAAUUGAAACCAUGCAUACAAUCUGAAAAGGCAACAUGUUAAUUAAUUUAUAAUCAUAAAAAAUUGUCUCAUUAUAGCAGUACAUCCCUGUAAGCAAACCGAGCAUGUCAAAAAUUCAAAGAUACCAAACAGAAGAAUGAUCAAGAAAAAAAAGAGAAGGAUGCCUGAUGCUUGGCUUUACGCUAGAGCAACUCUCUUCAUAUAUUCAAGACUGCUUUUUUCUGAUUUUAAAACUUUAGUUCACCCACUUUGUUAUGACCACAACUAUUACAUGACAACUUCGGGUUGAAUAACUGAAUAACUUCAGUUUUCUCUAAUGUUGCAUAUUCAAGAAGUAAGUUUUAUCUCUUACUUAUCUCUUUACCAGUGAUUUGGACUCUGGAAUAAAACUAAGUUUAGCUCAGUCAUGGUGUGACCCCCUUGCACAGGAAUAUUGGGUAAGCUACAGCUCUGGUCACUCAAUGAUUCUUGCAAGUCCCUUUGUGCUUUGGAUGCUAAAAAACAAUGCCAUGGGGGAUCUCAACUUCCCCCCCAUUUCCGUGGAUUGCUUAGCAGUGCCUUGCUAACAGGUUAUACAUAUAAAUGACCUGUAAUCCUUUAAUAUUAUUUUAUUUUUAAUCUUUUUAAAAUAACCAUAUGAAAGUUAUAGAUUCUCUUUAUAGAGAAGUGCAUAUGAAAAUAAAUAACAAAAGUGUUGCAUAAAAUUUCAGGGUCAUCUCCCCUUGAAAUCUAUUAAUGGAGCCCAGAUCAUGACCAUCUGCUUUUAGGGAAUUAAUUUGAUCACUGUCUUAACGCCCACUUUAUUUACAUGUUUCCGUGUCCACAUACAGGUCUCCUAGUAGGACAAGGAAAGCCCAGCAAACACAACCACAUGGCAGAGACUGAGAAGGAGGAAGUGAGCAAUGGCUGGCGGCUCCAGAAGCUGAAUCCCUGGACAGCUGAUUUCCCAUUAAAACGUGUACCAUCCUGCCUACCUCCUCGCCUUCCUCCCAUCCCAUGACCAGUCCCUCCUACCCACCCUCCACGAGCCAUGCGGCACUUGCCCUGGGCUGACGGGGCUGCCUGCUUGGCCCAUGGGGAGCUGUGUUGAAGUGGGAGUUGUGCCUGCUGUAUCUUUUUGUGUGUGGAAAGAUGGGGUUCAUUCAGAUCCCAAGUCCUUUCACCAACCCUCAAAGCGAAGCCUCUCGGAGAUGAAAAGCUGGUCAGCCUGGGACUUUAAAUACCUAACGUGGCCCAGCCUUGGUUCCCAAACCCUGCCUUCCCUCCUUUUGCUUUUGGGUGGGAAACGGGGGAUUUGUAUCUCCCUUCCUCCUCCCUCUCCAUGUGGGUGACCUCUCUAGGUUUCUCUAAGUUCUCUGACCCUCGGAGAGCCAGGGCCAAGGCAGUCAUCUUGUUCCCCCUUCCACGGCCAGGCUAGGUGCCUUCAGGUGACCAGGGGCAGAGUGUAAGUCACCAGGAUCAGUGGGGUGAGGGGAAAACCACCUUAAGAGGGCAAAACUGGUGUGCAUUGGUUUAUUUAUUGGUUUAUUUAUUGGCUUGCUUACUAAUGUAUUUAUUUAUAUUUAUUAUACAACACAAAAUCCAUUUCCAUUUUUUAAACAUCAGCCCCAGAAUUUGUCUUCCUGGGCCCAUAGAGCACAGUGAAUUAUUUCUCUUUGAAGCUUCAGAAUAGAGAGGGAAAUUUUUCUCCCUACGCCCAAACACCUCCACCUCAGCCACGUUUUCAACCAGACAUGGGAUUAGAAAUCACCAGCUAACAAGGCUGUAAAGUCACACAAAUCAGCAGAGGCUUGACUGUCCAGACAGCUCUCAGAAUCCGGCCUCCACCCCAACCACCUUGCACCAAUCCUCUCAUUCUCCUUUACUCGGGUGGGGAUUGACCAGCCACCUUCAGCCUAACAGUGCAGAACAAAACUUCUCAUUCUGCUUUGAUGUAGUAUUCUAACAUCAGAUGCACAUUAGCAUCAUCUAAGGGCUUAAAAAAUAUCCAGGCCUGGUCCCCUGCCCAAACCAAUUACAGCAUGGAAGGGUAGAUCCUGGGUAUUGGAGUUUUGUAAGUUACCCAGAUGACUCUAAUGUGAAAAUAGGGUUGGAAAGUUCUAGUAUCACCUCUCCCUUGCCCCUCCCCACCCAGAUUCUUUCUUCUUUACUUCCCAGGCUUUUUCUGGAGUCCUAUUCCCGUUCCUCCAGCCCCUUCUCCUCACUGAACCUUCCCCCCAUCAGCACAGCCAACGAUAGCAGAUCCCUGGAGAGGGGCAGGUCCCAUAAGUGGUACUCUGAGGCUGGUUCCUGCAUCUAGCCUGGGGGCUGCUCCCAAACAGUUUCCAGCUUUUCUAGGAGCAGAAACCUAUCCCCUGCAAGAUUCUUUGUUCACCGGCACCUUCUCCAGGUUCCCAAACUCCAAAAGUUUAAAGGGCACUUUGGCGACAUUUCUGUCUCCAAGCCCCAAUCUUGGUGGUGUGGCCCAUGUAAGUCUUAAAACCCAAGCCUUGGCCAUUUCUGCAGAGCCAACUGAGUUGAAUGAGGGUCUACUGUUAAUAGAGAAAGGGGUCACAGUGCUCCCCCAGCAAGUCCAUUUUCCAGCAACCAACCUUCUCAGCUGUCUAGGAUUUGGAUGCACAACGCAGCAGCCACUGUGCAUUCAAGUCCUAGAUGGCUGAGAAGAGGCAUCUCAUCCUUCACAUCUACAAGAUCUCCACUGCUGAGUAUGAGUAAAUGUGUGUGUGUGUGUAUACACGUACGUGUGCACACACUAUCUGCAUAUAAACCAUCUAGAUAUAUAGAGAUGCCAGACUUCACUUUACAUGUGAUUACAUUUUACAUGAAAACAAUUGAGGGCUUCCGUUGUCUUUCACUUGAUGGAGUUUCACUGUACUAUGUUCAUGACGGGCCCCAGUGAAUUCCAUUUCAGGUAUAUACACAGAAUGUGUAAUAUAUACAAACUGUUAGACACACUACACACACAUAGAAAGCCUAGGGAAACCUGUGAUGUGGGUAAGUUCAUUUCGCCAUCCCAUCUCCUCCACCUAAGUAAUUUCCUGGGGCAAGCAUGGUUUCACACGCUCCCCUCAGCUGCCCAGCCAUUCCCUCUCCAGCAUCCCAUACCACCAAGCCGCCUUUCCCCAUCAGUCCAAAUGUCCCUGCCCUCUGUCCCAUCUCUCAGGGUCCUACUCUCUGAUAGGUGACAGUUCAGUCAGUGGGUGCUAAAGAGUCGAGUGUUACCCUUCCCAGGUGACAUUUAUGUUUUAAUAGGGGCUACAGAUAAUGCCUUAAUCAGAAAGAGUGGCUGUAAUGGUGGGAAUUUCAGGCACAGAAGUGGGCCAGUAAGGGAGAUUCUUUUAUAUCAGGAGGGCAUUUUAGAGCCCCCAAGUCAUACCUGUCUGUAAGUGCAGCCCUUCGUAAGUGCAUGAGCACAAGCAAGCACACUAUCUACGUUAUACCCUCCAUAAUUUUGAGAUACCUUCCUUGCAUUGGCCCUAUCUUUAAAAAUGAAAAAAAAAAAAAAAAAAAAAAAAACAGGGAACUAGCUAAAUUAAUUUAGAUCUCACUGGGAAACGUAGCCUAUUUUUUCACCGGCUGCCAGCCAUCUGGCCCACCCCACCCUGUUCAAUUUCCCUUCUGCUCUUUCUCUUUUCAGCUACGACCGACUGUAUCAGUUAAUUUACUUCUACGUGUCCUCCCUGCUCUCUCCUUACCCUGCUCCCCUACACUAUGUAUUUCCUUCCUUUACCGUUUCCUCCUUGGAACUGUGCUGUGUUUCGUUGUCCUAGAGGACAGAAGAGCAGGUUAAGGCAUGAGCAUGUGUGUAUCACUUUGAAGAAAGAGAAACCAGGUAUUCUGCUACAGUUUGGAGAAAAACCCAGCGAAGGAAGAGAUGAAAGCUGGCUCUGCAGAGUGCCUUAAAAAUGACUUUAAUUAGGAAAUUCUGAGUUGUUGGUCUUCAGAUGUUACAUAAACUCAAACAGAUGUUGCAUUUCACUUCUCUGGGAUUAAAAAAAAGUUAAAUACAGUGUGUAUUCAACAACAACAA